AUGAGGCUCCUCAGUCGACUCCGCUCCUCCGCUCCUGAGCCCGCCUUCUCCAACGUGCUCACCCCGGGCCGCAUCCCUGAGUUCUGCAUCCCCCCGCGGCUGCCGGUCCCCGGCGUGGCCGAGUCGGCACACCCGGCGGCCGCACUGCCUUGGCGCUGCGCGGCCGAACCCGACCUGUGGCCGCGCACCCCAACCGACCACGACGAUAAUGAGUACGACCACGCGGGUCGCACCGACUGGGACCCGCGCUCACAAGCCGCGCUCUCGCUGCCGCACCUGCCCCGCGCACGCACCGCCUACGGCUUCUGCGCGCUGCUCGAGAGCCCGCACACGCGCCGAAAGGAGUCGCUCUUCCUCGGCCACCCAGGAGUUCCCCGGCCCGGACUUCGCCGCCGCGCGCACACCUACGCGGGCCCGCGCCCAGCCUCGGACUCUGCGCGCGCCGCCCCGAUUCAUCUGGACACUGCCCCGCCACCUGCUCCUGUGCCCCGCGUGCGUCGCCUCCUGCGCGCCUCGGAUGGGCUGCUGAGCCGCGCGCUGCGGGCUCCUCGAGGUCGGGCUGGUGCGCGCCCCGCGCCCAGUGGAGACAAACAGGAGAGCGCCGCCUCCUGCGCGCCCCCGGAUCCCACCGGCCCGGAUCCCAAGCGCCUGCAAGCCGAGGCCAGCGUGGCUCUGGGCCGCGGGGAUUGCACGCUGCACCUGGCCGCCGAGUACUGUCCGCGCAGCGCGUGUCUCCGCCUCCGCCUGCUGCGCGCUGAGGGUCCGGCCGCCGCGCUCGAACCCCGAACCCUGGGCUGCCGCCUCAGCCUGGUGCUGCGGCCGUCGGGCCAGCAGCGCGCCAGCGUUCUCCACCGCAGCCGCAAGGCCGCCCUGGACCAGGACUGCUGCUUCGAUGGGCUCUCGGAGGAGCAGCUGCGCCGCCUGGCCGUGCGCAUCAAGGCUGAGAGCAAGGGCCGCGGGCUGGAGCGUGGAAGGCCGCUGGGCCAGGGUGAGCUGCUGCUGGGCUCGCUGCUGCUGCUCUGAGCCCUGAUUCCGUGGGGCCAUGGACACUGAAGGUCUCUUGGACCUGAGAUGCUCACACUCUUGGCUUUCGGACAUUCAGAGCCUCUUGGACGCUGACAGUGCCUUGGCCCUGGGGCACACACAACCUCUUGGUUCUGGUACACUUUCCCUUUUGUACAAAAUAAAAGUUAUUUAUUUUUCUAUGUAU